AUGGACAGUAGCUUUGGGCCUCAGCUCGACGGACAGUCCGACUUUACGCUUUUGUUUGAACAAACAAUCUUUACGAUUUUACCAUCCAGUGUGCUCCUUGUCAUUGGUGCCGUCUAUCUGUACCAGCUGUCACUUAGGCCUGUUCAAGUUCAGACAGGGCUGCUAUUAUGGCUGAAACUCUCCUUCUUAUUUCUGUUUCUUGCAACUGAGCUGGCUGGUGCUAUCUUAUGGAGUGUCUUACGCACUUUCGACUCAGACGCUUCGCUGGCUGCUGUAGUCCUAAAAUGCUUUGCUGCAACUGGCGUGGCAUUUGUUCUCUUCGCUGAACAUCGCCGGUCCCCUCGCUCUUCAGCGCUCAUAGGUUUGUAUUUGUUUAUUGCUAUUCUUUUGGACAUUGUUAAGGCACGCUCCUACUACCGCCGCCCAGGGUUAUCCAGCUUGGGUAUCGUGACAAUCAUCUCGGCCGUGUCAAAGAUGGUGCUGCUGGUUCUUGAAGAAAUGUCAAAGAAGUCUCUCCUCAAGUCGGAGAAGCUGCAGUCCGAACUUGGACCCGAAUGCGCCGGUGGUCUCUUCAACCGAACUUUAUUCAUUUGGCUUAAUCGCACCUUGUUUGCUGGGUUUAAAGCAAUCAUUGAUGUAGAUGACUUACCUGACCUAGCACCAAAAUUUGGCUCCCAGGCGCUGCACCGAAAAUUCCAAGAGAACUGGCAAAGUGAGAAGAAAACAUCCAAGUAUUGUCUUGCAAUAACCUGUGCAAAACUUCUUAUCAAGCCCUCAAUCGCCAUUAUUUUCCCGCGGUUGUGUUUCGCAGCUUUCAAAUUUUCACAACCGCUUCUUCUUCAAAGCAUUGUGAAUGCUGUAGGACAAGAAGAUCACUCCGACGAUGUUACAAAUGGGCUUAUAACAGCAACAAUUUUGCUGUACUUGGGGUUGGCUGUCAGCAAUGCAUAUUACAAUCAUGUAAUGUAUCGUUCAGUCACCCUAACCCGCGGUCAUGUUGUAUCAUCCAUUCUCGCAAAAACAACGCGAUUGAACCAGUCCGAAGCGAAACGCUCGGCUGCAGUCACUCUCAUGAGUACUGAUAUGGAUGGCAUACAAUCUGGAAUUGUAUUAUUCCACGAGAUAUGGGCUAGUAUUAUUGAACUUGCCAUCGGCAUUUAUUUGCUGGCUACCCUAGUCGGCAAGGCAUCAUUCUUGGUCGUCAUACCAUCGUCCAUCAACGUGGCUGUCUCGUUGCGACUCUCCAAGCGAAUGAGCCCAGCCCGUCUAUUAUGGAUUAAGAGCAUUCAAACGAGAGUUGCGGCUACGUCUGUUGUCUUGGGUCAGCUCAAAGGCAUCAAAAUGACGGGCUUGGCACCAACCGUCGGUGAUAAGCUACAGGGCUUGCGUGUAGAUGAGCUUCAAAAGUCAAAGAAAUCUAGGGUUUAUCAAAUUGCCCUCUUCGGUUUAGCCACAUUUUCCAAUAACAUCACACCCAUCAUUGUGAUGGCUGGUGGAUUGUUUUGGACAAAUAUAGCAGGCAAACUGUCUGCUGCUGAAGCCUUUUCAACAUUGUCCGUCGUUUUACUGGUCUCUUCUCCACUCGAGGUGCUCCUGGUUGCCUUCCCACAGCUUCUCUCUAUUAUGACCUCUUUCAGCCGCGUCCAAAAGUUUCUGCUUCUAGAAGAACAAGAACGCAAGGUUGUGGCUAAAGAGGUUGCUGACACGGAUCCAGAAAAUGACCGUCAGAGCGGCGGUAUACCUCUGAACAGCAUUGAGCGGACUGGAGACGUUGAUACACCAUCAGUCACUGUUGAAUUGAAGGAUGUAUCUGUUGCCGCUGGUCAAAGCGACGAGCCUUUUUUGAAAUCGAUCAAUAUGAGCCUCGCGAAAUCCAGUUUAUCCAUAAUUACAGGACCUGUCGGAUGCGGCAAAACGUUGUUAUUAAAGACGAUACUUGGAGAGACGUCACUCAUCACAGGCAUAGUCUCGUCGAACAAAGGCAACAGUUCGUAUUGCGACCAAACAUCUUGGCUGAGAAAUGUUAGUUUGCGAAAAAAUAUUAUUGGUGAGAGUUUAUUUGAUCAACGGUGGUAUGACACAGUGGUACAUGGCUGUUUAUUGACUGAAGAUUUUAAAGAAAUCGCUGGUGGUGAUGACUCGCUGGCUGGUAGCAGCGGCGUCAACUUGAGUGGCGGCCAAAGGCAACGAAUUGCAUUGGCAAGAGCAGUCUAUUCACAGAAACCGGUCAUGAUUCUCGACGACGUUUUUAGCGCCUUAGACAUAACUACUGCUGCUACUGUCCUGCAUCGACUAUUUGGUGAUGAUGGUAUUGUGCGCAAAUAUGGAGCCAUUGUUAUUAUUGCUACACAUGCAGUCGGCUAUCUUUAUAUCGCCGAUAAUGUUAUUACCAUUGACGAUGGAGGCACAGUCACUGUUGCAAGUCAGGUGCCAUCCAGAGCCAGCAGGGUAGACCAUGAGGCCACCGAUACCAAAAAUAAGGGUAAAGAAAGGCAAUCAAGAACAACUCGUGGAGGAUCAAGUCAACAAGCCAAUCCCUUAGCAUCGUCAAUAGCCAAGAAGGACAAAGCAAUUGAGCGCCAGAGAGGAGAUGCAAGUUUAUACUACUUUUAUCUCAAAUCUAACGGUCUCGCACUAUUUGCUAUAUGGCUGGGCAUGGUGGCACUGUCUGCGAUUUGGCAGAAAAUGCCAGCUAUCUUUGUGCGCAUUUGGCUUGAGAAGGAUCCCGAUAACAACAUAUAUUUUGUUGGAUUUGCUGUUCUUGGAGCAACGAGUUUUCUAUGCAGCAUGGCCAUGCUCACGGUUUAUAUGAUGAAACUAGUGCCAAGAUCAGCCGAAAAUCUGCACUGGAUGUUGGUCAAGACGGUUAUGGCUGUCACAAUUGGAUUCAUAUCAUCGAGCGAUACGGGCACAAUUUUAAAUAGAUUCAGCCAGGAUAUGACACUAGUAAACCAAACUCUUCCCAGAGCAGUUUCUCUAACUCUAAUUCAAUUCUUUUCAGUGUUGGUGGAUUUGGUUGUUAUUUUAUCCGGGGCCAAGUAUGCAGCGGCCAUCCUACCAGCUUUGAUAGGAGGGCUCUAUAUGAUUCAAAUAUACUACCUCCGCACAUCACGACAGAUGCGUUAUCUUGAUUUGGAGGCCAAAUCCCCCCUCUACACCCAGCUCACGGAGACCGCAGCCGGGAUAGAGCAUAUCCGCGCAUUCGGCUGGGAAGAAAAGAAUCUUCAACAAGGCCUCAAGCUUCUCGAUCACUCGCAAAAGCCAUACUAUUACAUGUUUGCUAUCCAAAGAUGGCUCGCAUUAGUAUUGGACUUUUGCGUUAUGGCAGUUGCUGUGACGCUGGUAGCAUUUGCCCUGCGGUUCACAGGAACAACAAGCCAGAGCGCAAUUGGUCUUUCCCUGCUAAACAUGGUCAAAUUUAGCGAUAGCCUAUCGAAAUGGGUACAAAACUGGAUCGAUCUGGAGACUUCACUCGGGGCGGUUGCUCGAUUGAAAUCGUUCGUCUCAGAGACACCAAUAGAGCCAGGUCCUCGAGAACCCCGAGCAAGCCUGCCCGCUAGCUGGCCUGAUGGUGGCGCAAUUGAACUGAAAAAUGUGACGGCAAACUACAACCCUAAUGACACAAACUCUGUUCCAGUGCUGCGAAGUUUAUCAGCUACCAUCAAACCAGGACAAAAAGUUGGAAUCAUUGGACGUACUGGCAGCGGCAAGAGUUCGUUCCUUCUAGCGCUUUUGCAUCUUCUGGAGUACUCAGGCUCCAUUGUUAUUGACGGUGUCGAUAUAGCACACAUCACGCGUCAAGAGCUACGAUCUCGCAUCACUACUCUUCCGCAAGAUGCUAUUGAGCUCGGUGGUACAGUAAGAGACAAUCUGGCCCCGUUUCUACCACCAGAGGAGUCUCGUGACCAGAGGCAGAACGCCAUCAAUGACGGUGCCAUGAAAACGGCUUUAACAAAAGUGGAUUUAUGGGAAUUCAUCUCGACAAAAGAUGGCCUUGAUGCCGAGUUUUCCACCGUUGGGCUGUCUCAAGGUCAAAUGCAGCUCUUUUGUCUCGCUCGCGCUAUACUACACAAUAUCAGUACCGGCAGCAAGCUGGUAUUGAUAGACGAGGCGACAAGUAACGUCGACCAGGAUACCGAUAGGAGGAUGCAAGAUGUCAUCGCGCGAGAGUUUGCCGGAUGUACCAUUCUAACUAUUGCUCACCGGCUGGAAACACUAGAGGAUGCUGAUGUUAUCUUCAAGAUGAACAAUGGGUUGUUGCAAGUAAAGAAUGGCAAGAUGUUCGUGGAGUAGAACGAUUCAACCACAGGCAGAUUCUGCUCUCGGUC